GCAAGGGUAAAACCGGCAGUCGACAAAAAGCAAGCAGCCUCAAAUUCCUUUACCUCACACAACACAACACAACGCAACCCAACUAGUAAAAUCAACUUCAUUCCAACGCAACCACAACACCAACAACAACAAGAAGAAGCAAAGAAGAAGAAGAAGAAGAAAAGGUAUGCCGAAGAACAAGGGAAAGGGAGGAAAGAACAGGAAGAGAGGAAAGAACGAGGCAGAUGACGAGAAGCGCGAGCUGGUGUUCAAGGAAGACGGACAAGAAUACGCCCAAGUGCUCCGCAUGUUAGGCAACGGUCGAUGUGAGGCCAUGUGCAUCGACGGUUCCAAGCGCCUCUGCCACAUCCGAGGUAAGAUGCACAAGAAGGUUUGGAUCGCUGCUGGGGACAUCAUCCUCGUUGGUCUCAGGGAUUACCAGGACGACAAGGCCGAUGUUAUCCUCAAGUACAUGCCUGAUGAGGCUAGGCUCUUGAAAGCCUAUGGUGAAUUGCCUGAGACCACUAGGUUGAACGAAGGUAUUGCUGGCGGCUUGGAUGAGGAAGAUGAAGCUGCUGGCGAUGAUUAUGUUGAGUUUGAGGAUGAAGAUAUUGACAAGAUCUGAGAUUUUUAUUAUCUGGGUUCGUCUUUAUUUUUUGGUUUUGAUCAUUUCUGCUGUUUUAUGAUCAAAUCAUCAUCAUAUGUUGUAACCUUUUUAUGUGUCAUGUUAUAGACCCCAAUAAUAAUUUGGAGCCUGUACUGUUUGGUUCUAUUUUUAA